AUGAAACUUGAUAGUAUUUUAAUAAUUUUAAUUGUCAACGCGUUUUUUUGGAGUUUAAUUAAUUCUGUUAAAAAUAAUAAAAGCCGACACGAGUUAAGUAGAGUUGGGGAAAUUUCAAAGUAUAAAGAUGGGGCUGAAUUAUCGGCCGCUCCUAAAAUUCAAAAAGAUGAAACGUUAAAACCAAUACCUAAAAUUGCAAAAAAGGUCACAACUAAUCAUAAUGAAGAGAAGGGGCAAGAUUAUUAUAGAAAUUAUUACCAAAAUAACAAAGAAAAGAUACAAGAAAGAAAGCGAAUUUACUACAAGAACAAUAAAGAAAAGUUGAAAAAAUGCUCCCAAAAAUACCGAGAAAAUAAUAAAGAAAAGAGGCUAGAAAAUGACCAAAAAUAUUACCAAAAUAAUAGAGAAAAGUUGAAAGAAUCUGUCCAAAAAUAUUGCCAAAAGAAUAAAGAAAUAUUGAAAGAAAAUAAACGAGAAUACCGAGAAAAUAAUAAAGAAAAAAUUUGA